AUGAUAUAUAAAAGGAGCACAAAAGUGUUAUUAGCAGUUGGGGAAACAGAAAGCUUUGAAGUUUGUGUUGGAUUACACCGGGGGUCAGCAUUAAGCCCACUUUUGUUUGUGCUGGUCAUGGAUGUGUUGAGUGAAGCGAUCAGGAAUGAAGAGGUGUGGGAGUUGUGCGCCGAUGAUCUGUUGAUUACUGCUGAAAAUGAGGAGGAUCUACAGAGAAGCGUUGGAGAGUGGCAAGAGUCUUUAGAUAGGGGUGGCUUAAAGGUGAAUGUGAAUAAAACAGAGGUUUUGCUGAGCAGUACGGAAGAUAGAGGCAAUAGUAAUACAAGAAAGAAGAGGCUCGAUUAUCAAACAGGCAGAAAAGUUUAA